UGUGCUGAAGAAACCAGUCCUUCAAUUUUCUUGUCUUCCAAUCUGUUAACACUAACCAUAUUUGGUCACUUUCUGUUAAUCACGUUUAUUUUUGGCUCUAUCCUUAGAGUGCUAUAUUUCCUCCCCUCUCAAUUCCUAAAUCAUUCUAUAAUUAAACAUCUCCCACAUAGCAUAACUUAGAUAUUGCACGCCUAAUUCACACUCACUUUGACUCAUCCCUUAAACACAUAUCAUCAAUAUAUAAAUAACCAACCCCUUAAACUCUUGUUUUCCUCUGCUUCCUUACAACUCUCCUAGCCUCUCUUCUCUUCUCUUCUCUUUUCUCUCUUCUCUCUAUCUCUCUUUCUUUUAAGGUUUCUCUUCCUUCCCCACGGUGAGGACCAUCAUGGAAACACCAGAGGAACUCACCUUGGGUUCCAAAGACCAUACCAACAUCGUCAAAGGCAAGAGAACAAAGAGGGUACGGCCUCAAUCCCCCAUCCCCUUCUCCAUCGCCGCAGCAGAAGAAGAAGGAGGGGAGACUAAUAUACCAUCGCAACGACAAGAAGAAGAAAAAGAAGAUAUUAUUUACAAUGCGAAUGCGAAUGGCAACACAGCAACUACUUCUUCCGUGGGUCCACGAGACAGCACGGAAGAAGAGGAGGACAUGGCCAACUGCCUCAUCCUGUUAGCACAAGGACAAUCCAGGGAAUCCCCAAGACGCCCGGCCGCCGUAGCAGAAGAAGAAGGAGGAGGAACAAGCUACAACAAGUACAGCAGUAGGAAGUUUCUAGAAGCUGCCGGAGUCGGCGUUGGGUACGGAGGAGGAAGAACAGGAGGAUAUUAUGUAUACGAGUGCAAAACAUGUAACAGGACAUUUCCGUCUUUUCAAGCACUUGGUGGACACAGGGCAAGCCACAAGAAACCCAAGGCCGCCAUUCCUGCAAUCUCCAUUCACCAAGAAAGAAAACAACCACCGCCAUUGUUCUCCUCAGACGAAGAAGAGUUCCAAUUCAAGAACACCACCGCCAACAAAUCAAGCUUCCUCCAGUUGAACACAAGAGGGAAUAAUUUGUAUAGCAAUAACAAUAACAAAUCCAAGGUUCACGAAUGUUCCAUUUGCGGAGCUGAAUUUACAUCUGGACAGGCACUUGGUGGACAUAUGAGGCGGCACCGAGCUCCGGUGGGGACUAACACUAACACUAACACCACGCUUUCGCUGACCACGACCACCACGGCUGCCGCCAUGGAAGCAGAUGAGGAGCAACCUAAGAAGAAGACGAAGGUGUUAUCUUUGGAUUUGGAUCUCAACCUUCCGGCACCGGAAGAUCAAGAUCAAAGGGAAUCCAAGUUUGCCUUUGUAUCCAAGCAACCACCAACGCAACCGCAACCCCAACCGCAACCGCAGAAGCAGCAACCACAAACAAGUCUUGUCUUCUCUACUACACCAGCUUUGGUGGAUUGUCAUUACUGAACAGGGAAACUAAAAAGUUUGAAAAUUUAUUGGCAUUUAUUCAAUUCAUUCAUCAUGUGAAAGAAUUAAGAACAACAUUUUUUUUUGUUUAGCAAUACAUUAUUGAUUUGUUUGUAUGUAUGUAUGAUUAACUGAUUAUACACACAUACACAUUUGAAAAGAUUUUACAAUAAUUCUUUUGAUCCUUUACCAACUUGAAUUAAGCACCUGGAAUAAUCAUUAUGGUGACUUCAUCAGUUGUUUAAUUCAUUGAAAGUUUAAAAAAAAAUCAUAAUUUUUGUUCUCUGGAUAAGUCCUCUAUACAACUCAUGGAUAGCUCAUGUUGGCUACUCUCUUUUUUUCUGUUUUUAUUUUAUUUUCUUU